AUGGCUGCUAAGUUCUUCGUUCUAGCCGCUCUUGUGGCUGUCACCAAAGCCGGUUACAUAGGUGCGCCUGCCGUAGGUUAUGCUGCUGCUCCCGCUUUUGGUUACGCCGCCCCAGCGGCCGUCGCCGCCCCCGCCAUCACGUCACAGCAAUCCAACAUCCUGAGGAGCUAUGGCAACCUGGGACAGGUGUCCACAUACUCCAAGACCAUCGACACCCCGUACUCCAGCGUCCGCAAGUCCGACGUCCGAGUCAGCAAUGACGCUCUUGCCUACCCUGCCGCCCCCGCUGUUGCUGCUUAUGCCGCCCCUGUAGCUUACCAUGGUGCCUAUCCCGCUGCAGCUUACCACACAGCUCCCGUCGCCACUGCUUAUACCGCUCCCGCUCUGGCAGCCCCCGUUGUUAAUACAGCUGCAACCGCCAUAGCUGGACACGGUCUCCUGGGCGUCGCUUAUUCUGCCGCCCCCGCAGUCGCUCACAUGACCUACAGCAACGCCGCUCUUGUGGCUGUCACCAAAGCCGGUUACAUAGGUGCGCCUGCCGUAAGUUAUGCUGCCGCUCCCGCUAUCGGUUACGCCGCCCCCGCCAUUGGUUACGCUGCAGCUCCUGCUUUUGGUUAUGCUGCAGCUCCCGCCAUUGGUUACGCCUCCCCCGCCAUCAGUUACGCCGCCCCCGCCAUCACGUCACAGCAUUCCAACAUCCUGAGGAGCUACGGCAACCUGGGACAGGUGUCCUCCUACUCCAAGUCCAUCGACACCCCGUACUCCAGCGUCCGCAAGUCCGACGUCAGAGUCAGCAAUGACGCUCUUGCCUACCCUGCCGCCCCCGCUGUUGCUGCUUAUGCCGCCCCUGCUCUUCGUGCAGCCCCAUUGGGAGUCGCAUACUCCGCCGCCCCCGCUGUUGCUGCACCUGUUGCCUAUGCCGCCCCUGCUCUUCGUGCAGCCCCAUUGGGAGUCGCAUACUCCGCCGCCCCCGCAGUCGCUCAUUUGUCUUUCUCCGGCCUGGGUGUGAGUUACGGGUGGUAAUUUCCUCCACGAAUGAAAUGUGACCAUUUUCCGAUGUGCGAAAUGUAUGCUCUUCUUAUACUAAGAAUCACCGAAAAUCAU